UCAUAAUAUAUAUAAUAUGGACUCACAAAAGCUACUCUUUUCUCUCUUCACUAUCCUUCUUCUCUCAGAGCAAGGAUCGGCCGGUCACAAUGAUCUCAUCCGUGAAUUCCGACCAAAGAAGUUGUAUGUGUUUGGAGACUCAUACGUUGACACAGGAAACAUCGGUAUAUCAAACUACAGCUCUCGAAAGUAUCCUUAUGGCAUAACUUUUCCCGGCAAACCUUCCGGGCGUUUCUCCGAUGGCCGUGUUUUGACCGAUUACGUAGCUCGAUAUUUGGGUUUGAAGCCACCUAUCCCAUUUCGAGUACUGUUCAAAGAUUUAAAAAGAAGGCAAGGGAGGAAAAAGAAUAUAAAUGGUGUGAAUUUCGCUUAUGGUGGAACUGGAGUGUUCAAUACAUCAGUUUCCUUCCCAAAUAUGACCACUCAAAUUGACCUUUUCCACAAGUUUAUUGACGAAACAGACAUUCAAUCCUCUAUCGCUCUCGUCUCUGUUUCUGGCAAUGACUACUCCUUUUAUCUUGCUCGUAAUGGCUCUCUCCAGGGUUUCAAAGGAUUCAUGAUUUCAGUGGUAGACCAAAUAAUUUGGAAUUUGAAAAGAAUCCAUAGCUUGGGAGUGAAGAAAGUAAUUGUGACAGGGUUAGCCCCAUUGGGAUGUCUUCCUCACUUUACAAAUUCAUCCUCAUUUACUCAAUGCAAUUCAGAUAUAAACUCAUUGGUCACAUUUCACAACCUUUUGUUGAACCAAUCUAUUUCCAAACUUAACAAUAAUAAUAAUGAAACUACCACCAAAAAUAAUACUAAUUUCUUCAUUCUUGAUAUGUAUGCCUCCUUCAUGUCCAUUAUUUUUGGGAAUCCUAAACAAGGUGGCAAGAAGCCAUUACUAUUGAAGCCAUGUUGUUUUGGAGUUAGUGAUGCAUUUUCAUGUGGAAGUGUUGAUGAAAAAGGGAACAAAAAGUUUAGUUUGUGUGAAGAUCCUAAAUCAGCUUUCUUUUGGGACUCUUUGCACCCCACACAACAAGGAUGGUUUGCAGCUUUUUCUGCUUUACAAUUCAUUCUCAAAAACCUUUAAACCCUACUAUUCUAAUUGUUGUAAUUUAACUAAUUAUAUAUGUGUGUGUGUC